CAUCUGUGGUAGUUUAUUUCCCAUGUGGUGAAAAAUGGACGCGCAUUUAAAUCUGCGAGGUUUUUAAAAAUGUUUUUCAUUAAUCGGAUGUAAUAGGCAUUGAGAACGAUAAUAGGACCGUGUUAGUGUUGUGUGAAAAUGACAGAUAUGCCUCCCUAUCUCGCGGUUAACGACGAGGAGGAGAGCGGCGAGCCCGAUAGCGAUUCCUCGGACUUCGAAGACGAUUUGCCCCUCAUUUUCAAUAAACCCAGACACUUGGAGCCUAUUAAGGGGGCAGAGCGCGAGGAACACUCGUGGAGGGUCAAAGAGAAGUACAAGACUCACUGUGUGGCGCUGGUGCUGUGCCUCAAUGUGGGUGUGGACCCGCCCGAUGUCAUCAAAACGCAACCUUGUGCUCGCCUCCAGUGCUGGAUUGAUCCGAGCUCGCUGUCGCCCACCAAAGCUCUGGAGAGCAUCGGCAAUGCGCUGCAGACGCAGUACGAGCGCUGGCAGCCGCGCGCGCGCUACAAGCAGUCGCUGGACCCCACCAUGGACGACAUAAAGAAGCUGUGUUGCUCGCUGCGCAGGAACGCGAAGGAGGAGCGCGUACUGUUCCACUACAACGGCCACGGAGUGCCCAAGCCUACCUCGCAGGGGGAAAUAUGGGUCUUCAACAAGUCGUACACGCAGUACAUCCCGCUGUCCAUGUACGACCUGCAGACGUGGAUGGGCGCGCCGUCGCUGUACGUGUACGACUGCUCCAACGCGGGCGUCAUCGUCGACAACUUCAAGCAGUUCGCCGCGCAGCACGAGCGCGACUACGAGAUGCAGGCGAGCUCGAAGGGCGCGGAGGGCGGCGCGCCCGUGUCGUACAAGAACUGCAUCCAGCUGGCGGCGUGCGCCAGCGGGCAGACGCUGCCCAUGUCGCCCGAGCUGCCCGCCGACCUGUUCACGGCGUGCCUCACCACGCCCGUCAAGAUGGCCAUCAAGUGGUUCGUGCUGCGCACGCGCCUGCGCGUCGCGCGCGCCGACCUCGUCGACCUCAUCGACAAGAUCCCGGGGCAAGUGACCGACCGGCGCACCAUGCUGGGCGAGCUGAACUGGAUCUUCACCGCCAUCACGGACACCAUCGCGUGGAGCUCGCUGCCGCCCGAGCUGUUCCAGCAGCUGUUCCGCGCCGACCUGCUGACGGCCAGCCUGUGCCGGAACUUCCUGCUGGCCGACAGGAUCAUGAGGUCGUACAACUGCACGCCGGUGUCGUCGCCCGCGCUGCCGUCGCUGGCGCGCCACCCGCUGUGGGCGGCGUGGGAGCACACGCUGGACCUGGCGCUGGCGCAGCUGCCGGCGCUGCUGGACAAGCCGCACCACCACAACUACCACCACUCGCCCUUCUUCCGCGACCAGCUCACCGCCUUCCAGUUGUGGCUCGACCUCGGCAACUGGUCGGAGUCGCGCGCGCCGCCGGAGCAGCUGCCCAUGGUGCUGCAGGUGCUGCUGUCGACGCUGCACCGCGUGCGCGCGCUGCAGAUCCUGUGCCGCUUCCUGUCGCUGGGCGCCUGGGCCGUGCACGCCGUGCUGGCCGUGGGCAUCUUCCCCUACAUGCUGAAGCUGCUGCAGGCCUCGGCGCACGACCUGCGCGCCUCCAUGGUCUACAUCUGGGCCAAGAUCGUCGCCGUGGACCCGAGCUGCCAAGUGGACCUGGUGAACGCGAAAGGCCACAAGUACUUCCUGUCCGUCCUGCAAGACCCGUCGGUGGAGACGGAGCACCGCACGCUGGCCGCCUUCGUGCUGGCCGGCAUCGUGGACCGCUACCCGGCGGGGCAGGAGGCGGCGCUGCAGGGCUCCAUGCUGUCGGCGUGCCUGGAGAAGCUGCGCGAGUGGGCCGAGGCGGGCGGCGCGUGCGCGGCGCGCGGCGAGGCGGCGCUGCUGCAGUGGGCCUGCAUCGCGCUGGGCCGGCUGUGGCGCGGCUGGGACGCGGCGCGCUGGGUGGGCGUGCGCGACCGUGCGCACGACAAGCUGGCGGCGCUGCUGCUGCACCGGCGGCCCGAGGUGCGCGCCGCCUGCGCCUUCGCGCUGGCCGCCUUCGUGGAGGCGGGCGCGCGCGCGCCGCAGCGCACCGACCACGCCAACGCGCUGGACCAGCUGGUGGCCAAGCGCCUCGCCGAGCGCCUGCACGUGGACGCCUCGCCGCUGGUGCGCGCCGAGAUCCUGGCCGCGCUGCAGUGGAUGGUGCUGAUGUUCGAGCAGCACUUCAAAGCUGUGUACCAACAGGAGAGAGUGAAGCGGAGCGACAGGGAGAGCGGGCAGCCCAUCGACGCGGCGCUGGACGCGCUGGCGGGCGCCCGCGGGCCGCACGCGCGCGCCAACGCCGCCAUCGCGCGCCCCGCCAUCGGCUUCGGCUCGGUGUUCCUGGAGCUGUGGAACCCGCUGUGCGCCAUGGCGCGCGAGCCGCACCCGCAGCUGGCGCAGAUGGCGGCCGACAUCGUCGCCUACGUCGCGGACCAGGUGGACAACGUGCAGUGGCCGGAGCCGGAGCGCGGCGCGCACGCGCACAGCAACUCGCUGCCGCCGUCGCCCAACUCGCGGCCCGCGCUGCACGCGCACGACUCGCGCACGCUGCCGCACGCGGGGCACCGGCGCGGCAAGGCGGGGCUGCCGCACACCAUCUCGGAGGACUCGGUGGCGCUGCGCGACCGCGACCGGGACUCCACCUCCUCCACGUCCAGCAUAUCGUCGAAGAAGAUAAUAGUGAGCACGCAGUUCGUGGAGUGGGCCACGGCGCAGUUCCUGCGCGGCGACGCGGGCGCGGCGGCGGGCGCGGGCGCGGCGGCGGGCGAGCGCGCGGACGCGGACCGCGAGAGCCGCGCGCACCACGAGCGCGAGUGGCGGCGCGAGCGCAACCGCAGCAUGCGGCGGGAGGCGCGCGCGCUGCGCCAGGCGCGGCCGGCGCGGCUGGAGACGGUGGCCUUCCACUCGCGCUGCCCGCUGCCGCCCGCCGUGGUGCAGUUCCACCCCUACGAGCAGCACGCGGCGCUGGCCUCGCGCGACAACUUCGGCGUGUGGGACUGGGGCACGGCCGCCAAGCUGUGCGUGGGCGCGUGGCGGCGCGCCUGGGGCCGCAUCACGGCGCUGGCCUACCUCAACGCGCACCAGCACGCGCUGCUGGCCGUGGCCUCGCACCAGGGCCACCUGGCCAUCUACCGGCCGGCCGGCGGCGGCGCGGAGCCGGCGCUGGUCACGGCGUGGCGCGCGCUGGACGUGCGGCCCGCGCCCGACUACCGCCCGCCCUCCGCGCAACCCAUCUACAGUCUGGCGCAGCUGGUGUCGGAGCAGUUCGCGCCGCCCGAGGAGCGCGGCGCCGCGCGCGCGCUGCACGACGCCGCCCGUGAGUACCGCGCGCACGCGCCGCGCGCCGAGCGCGUCUCCGACAAACGCGCUCAUUGUCACGUGGGAGCGGCGAGUCCCAGCAACCCUCCGCCCACGGGCACACUGGUCCGCUGGAGCGCGCGGCGCCGCUCGCUGGCGCUGGCGGGGCAGGCCCCCUGCGUGCGCCUGUGGGACGCGCACGCCGAGCUGCUGCAGGCGGAGAUACCCACGGGCUGCGAGGCGGCGGCGACGGCGCUGUGGCGCGGCGGGCGCUCGGCGCAGCUGCUGUGCGGGUUCGGCGACGGCUCGGUGCGCGCGUGGGACGAGCGCGCGGCGCGCCCGGUGGCCACGCUGCACCAGCACGCCGCGCCCGUGCUGUGCGCCACGCCGCGCCACGACCUCUACACGCUCGUCACCGGCUGCACGGAGGGCGAGCUCCGGCUGUACGACACGCGCAAGCUGAGCCCGGUGGAGGUGGUGCGCGCGCCCGGCCCGCUCGCCGCGCUCGACGUGCACCCGCGCGCCGCGCUGCUCGCCUGGUAACUGCUCCACAGAUGACUCGCUCGCUCGUGUCGUGUGCAGCACGGAGGGCGAGCUCCGGCUGUACGACACGCGCAAGCUGAGCCCGGUGGAGGUGGUGCGCGCGCCCGGCCCGCUCGCCGCGCUCGACGUGCACCCGCGCGCCGCGCUGCUCGCCUGGUAACUGCUCCACAGAUGACUCGCUCGCUCGUGUCGUGUGCAGCACGGAGGGCGAGCUCCGGCUGUACGACACGCGCAAGCUGAGCCCGGU